AUUCACCAUAUCGUCAUGCACUGAACACUGCCUUAUUAAAAUUGUAACAACGUGGUUUGAUCACAGAGUUAAAGAUUAAAUGGUGGACGCAGAAACGCGGGGGUGGAAAAUAUCGAAAAGCUGUCAAAGUAUGGCAGAGGAGCUGGAUCUUGACAACGUGGGUGGUGUUUUUCUAGUAUUAACUGUUGGUGUUGCUGUCUCCUUUUUCUACACCAUAUUCGAACUUCUGUGGGAGAUUGGUUGCACAUCUGUACGCGAAAAUAUUUCCUUCAAAGAAGAACUCAUGGCUGAAAUUAAAUUCAUCGUAAAAUGUGGUAGUACGUUAAAACCAGUAAGAAGAAGGAAAGGUUUUUCCAACGGAAGUGAAGAAGAUAGUACUCGAGGUUGCACUCCUACUUAUGGUUUUAUUCCAGCGAUCAGGAUACCCAAUUCUGAGGAUAAAUAAAUUUAUGUAUAAUGGAAUAUUUUAUUAAAUUACGAAACAUGUAAAUAAAUACAAUUUGAUUAAAUUUAUAAAUGUAGUAUUAAA